AUGUCUGAACAACAAAUUAAAAGCUCUGACUACCAGUUGGACUAUGAAAAUGUUGAGGAUUCAGUUGAGACGAUGGAGAGGAUUGGCAGCGAGGAUGCUGUAAUGUUCACACACAUGCCUCUGGGUAGGAGAAGUGAAACUCUGCUGACAGUCCAACAAGACAUUAAGGGUAAACUGAAACACAAGUAUCAACACAUAUCUGAAGGAAUUGGACACCAUGGAAACCAAAGUCUGUUCAAGGACAUUUACACAGAGCUCUACAUCACAGAGGGUGGAAGUGGAGGGCUCAAUAAUGAACAUGAGGUUAGACAGAUAGAGAUGGCAUCCAAGAAACAAACCACACAAGAGACACCAAUCAAAUGCAACGACAUCUUCAAGCCUUUACCUGGACAAGACAAACCUAUCAGAACUGUGCUGACAAAAGGAAUCGCUGGCAUUGGAAAAACAGUCUCUGUGCAGAAGGUCAUCCUUGACUGGGCAGAGGGAAAAGCAAAUCAGGACGUUCAUUUCAUGUUUCCUCUUCCUUUCCGUGAUCUGAACCUGAAAAAGGACCAAUACAGUCUGAUGCAACUUCUUUCCCACUACUUCUCAGAGCUGAAAGAGAUUGACAGCAUUGAAGAUGGUGAAACCAAAACUGUUUUCAUUUUUGAUGGUCUGGAUGAGUGUCGACUUCCUCUAGACUUCAAAAACAAUGAGAAGUGCUGUGAUGUCACGAAGCCAACCUCAGUGGAUGUGCUACUGACAAACCUCAUCGAGGGGAAUCUGCUUCCGUCUGCUCUCCUCUGGAUAACCACACGACCUGCAGCAGCCAAUCAGAUCCCUUCUGAGUGUAUUGACCAGGUGACAGAGGUACGAGGGUUCAAUGAUCCACAGAAGGAGGAAUACUUCAGGAAGAAAAUCACAGAUCAGAAUAUGGCCAAUGAAAUCAUCAAACACAUGAAGACAUCAAGGAGCCUCCACAUCAUGUGCCACAUGCCAGUCUUCUGUUGGAUAUCAGCCACGGUCCUUGAGAUGAUACUGAAAGAGGCAUGGAAGGAUGAAGUCCCUAAAACUCUGACCCAGAUGUACUCACACUUCAUUCUCAUCCAAACCAUUGUGAAGAACAAGAAGUACAACAAAGCCUCAGAGACAAACUUGAAGGAACUGUCUCAGUCAGACAGAGAGAUGAUCCUGAAACUGGCAAAGCUGGCUUUCCAACAGCUGCAGAAGGGCAACCUGAUCUUCUAUGAGGAGGACCUGAGAGAGUGUGGCCUUGAUGUCACAGAGGCAUCAGAGUACUCAGCAUUGUGUACAGAGAUCUUUAAAGAAGAAUCUGGGCUGUACCAAGACAAGGUCUACAGCUUUGUGCAUCUGAGCAUUCAGGAGUUUCUAGCAGCAGUGCAUGCUUUAGAAUCAUGUCUGGACAAGAAGGAAAAUGUUUUCUCCCCCACUAGUGAUGAUGAAGAGAAGGAGUCAAUCCAGUUGUCUGACUUACACAGGAGAGCAGUGGACCAGGCCUUGAAGAGUGAGAAUGGACACCUGGACCUGUUCCUCCGCUUCCUUCUGGGUCUCUCACUGGAGUCCAAUCAGAAUCUGUUACGAGGCCUUCUGACACAGACAGGAAGUACAACACAGAGCAAUGAGAAAAGAGUUAAGAGAAUAGUCAGGUACCUUUCAUACAACAUAGAGGAGGAAUCCUCACCAGAAAGGAUCAUCAACUUGUUCCAUUGUCUGAAUGAACUUGGUGCCAAUUCUCUAGUUGAAGACAUGCAGACCUCCCUGCGAUCAGGAACUCUUUCAGAAACAAGUCUAGAACCUGACCAAUGUUCAGCCCUGGCCUACCUGUUACUGAUGUCAGAGGAGGUGCUGGAGGAGUUUGACCUGAAGACAUACAACACAUCAGAGGAAGGUUAUCAGAGGUUGCUGCCGGUAGUGAAAACCUGCAAGAGAGCACUACUGGAUGGCUGUAAACUCACAUAUAAAUCCUGUGAGACUCUGGCCUCAGCUCUGCAGACACCAAACUCCCCCCUGAGAGAACUGGACCUCAGCUACAAUAACCUGGGAGACAGAGGAGUGGAGCUGCUCUGUGUUGGACUAACCAGUCCACUCUGCAACAUACAGACACUAGUUCUGGGUCAGUGUGGUCUGACAGAGGGUUGCUGUUCAGAUCUGGCCUCAGUCCUGAGUUCACCCAACUCACAACUGAAACAACUGGAGCUGAGAGACAAUGACCUGCAGGACUCAGGAGUUACACUGCUGUCUGCUGGACUGGAGGGUCCAGACUGUAAACUACACACACUGGGUCUAGGUCAGUGUGGUCUGACUGAGGGUUGCUGUUCAGAUCUGGCCUCAGUCCUGAGUUCACCCAACUCACAACUGAAACAACUGGAGCUGAGAGACAAUGACCUGCAGGACUCAGGAGUUACACUGCUGUCUGCUGGACUGGAGGAUCCAGACUGUAAACUACACACACUGGGUCUAGGUCAGUGUGGUCUGACAGAGAUUUGCUGUUCAGAUCUGGCCUCAGUCCUCAAUUCACCCAACUCACAACUGAACCAACUGGAGCUGAGAGACAAUGACCUGCGGGACUCAGGAGUUACACUGCUGUCUGCUGGACUGGAGGAUCCAGACUGUAAACUACACACACUGGGGCUGUCUGGCUGUCUGGUCACAGAGGAGGGCUGUGCUGUUCUGUCUUCAGCUCUGAGGUCAAACCCCUCCCACCUGAAAGAGCUGGACCUGAGCUACAAUCACCCAGGAGACUCUGCAGGGGGACUGCUUUCAGCUGCUCUGGUGGGAGCUGCUCUGGUGUAUCCCACAUAUAAACUGAUGAAGCUGAAUGUGGAUCAUGGUGGAGAGUGCAGGCUGAAAUCAGGGCCGAGGAAAUAUGCCUGUCAUCUCACCCUGGACCCAAAUACAGCAAACCCAAACCUGGUACUGUCUGAGGGGAACAGGAAGGUGAAACGGGUGGUGGAGAAGCAGCAUUAUGAAGACCAUCCAGACAGAUUUGACGCAUAUCCCCAAGUUCUCUGCAAAGAAGGCUUAUCUGGAUCUCGUUAUUACUGGGAGGUAGAGAGGGAUGGUAGCAUGGCUGACAUUGGUGUGGUGAACAAAGGAAUGGAGAGAAAGGGAUGGGAGGAUGCCAGUUGGAUUGGAGGCAAUAGGAAGUCCAUGUGUUUACUCUGCUCUCACAGUGGUUAUAACUUUAACCAUGCUGGAGUCAACAGAAUCAUCCCUGGUCCUGUUUCUAACAGAGUUGGAGUGUAUCUGGACUGGCCAGCUGGUACUUUGACCUUCUAUAGUGUGUCCUCCUCUGGUACACUGACACACCUUUACACAGAACACACCACAUUCACUGAACCCCUCUAUCCUGGGUUUGGGGUUUACUCCUCCUCCUCAGUGACUCUGUGUCAGAUAGAUGACCAACACAUUCAGAGGUGAGUGUUUUAAUGUGUUCUGUUGGACCUACAGACAGUUAGAUUAGUAGUAGUGGUGUGUUUUAAUGUGUUCUGUUGGACCUACAGACAGUUAGAUUAGUAGUGGUGUGUUUUAAUGUGUUCUGUUGGACCUACAGACAGUUAGAUUAGUAGUAGUGGUGUGUUUUAAUGUGUUCUGUUGGACCUACAGACAGUUAGAUUAGUAGUAGUGGUGUGUUUUAAUGUGUUCUGUUGGAGGUGAGGACUGAGGAGUAACAUGAUGAUUUUAAAGCAUUUAUUUCAUUAAUGUUUAUCACUGGAGG